UUUAUGGGACACACUUCCGUGUGUAGGCAAAUAGGAAAAGCAUGUUGUUGCUGUACUCCUAGAGCUUUCCAAAGCAUUUCUAAACCAAAUUCCGUGAAAAACUCGUGGUUAGAAGCGCGAAAUUAAAGAAAAUCUGUUAGAAAAGUGAAUAAUCUACGCAAAAUGAAUUCUUCCUUGUCGGUGAAACUCUCCGUGCCCACUUGCUUCCAUCCGGCGGUAUUGCCCAAGCCAGGCAUGGCCGGUGUGUACACCAACCAGUUGCACUUCGUCAAAAAGCACUUGCUGGACGAGCUAGCCAAGAAGAAAUUCGCCACGGACUUUAUGCACCCGGUGGACACCGAGGAGUUGCAGAUCCCCAACUAUUAUUACGUCAUUGCCCAGCCCAUGGACUUGGGCACUAUCACCAAGCGGGUGGAGAACAACUACUAUCGCGAUGUGGAGGAGGCCAUUGCCGACUUUCGUCUGAUUAUUGACAACUGCAAACAGUUCAACGGGGUGAAUACUCCGAUCUAUCGCAAGUGUAGCCAGCUGGAAAGGUUCUUGGAGCGAGAGCUGAAGAACAUGCCCAAGGGAAGGCCGGUGCCGUGCUACAAGGAUCCCAUGGCCACGUCUAAGGUGACGAAGGCCAAUCCCAUGGCCGGGGCCCUGGAGCAGGAGUGUCAGGGUCAUCUGAAAGAGCUGCAGGCCGUCACCAAUAUGACGGAUGGCCCGGCUCGCAACUUCUUUGGCCCCAAGUGGAACACGUUAUCCACGAAGGUGGACAAGCAGUUCUUCAAGUCCUUCGAUGAGUUCUGCUCGUCUGUGUGUGUCAUAUUCAAAAAGUAUUUGGAUUCGGGCCAGAUGAUCUAUGAUAAGGCCGGCCGCUUUUCAGGUUUUAAAUUUACCCACGACACCCACACCCUUCCGGCUGCCUCUGUCUUGCUUUCGGAUAUACGUGAUAUGAGAGAGUACGUCGACUUGAUGGAGAACGGGGUGAAAAAAUGCAUUAAGCAUCCUCAAAAGUUCAAGUCCGUCUCGGAGACAAUGUGUCCAACUCUGCAAAAUAUGAGGGCCAAACUGGAUGGCAUGGAGUUAGCGAUUACCGCCAAGGAUUCGCCAAACAAUGGUGAGGAUCCCGGCAUUGUUGAGGAACAGGUGGAGGUUCCCGCUGGCGUCUACAUUCCGUCUAAUAGCCUUGACUAUCUGCUGGACACUCCGGAUGCCCUCGUAUCCGACGAUUGCACCAAACUGGAACCUAUCGAAGCCGAGGAGCGACGCAACAUACAAACGCUGUUUUGCACACUUCCCGCCUCGGCCAUGCGGGAAAUAUGCAGCAUUGUCCAUGCCGUCGAGAAUCUAGGACAGAAGAGCGGCGGUGCCUUAAGCUUCGAUCUCAACACCUUUGACUUGACGAAUGUCUACAUCAUGAAGGCGGCCGUGAACAGGGCCUUGAAGCUUCACAACAAGGUCAAUCUGCGGGUCAUGCAGCCGGAGGAGAAGGAGGGUCUCCGCUGCAGUCUCGAGUCCCAGCUGACGGAUAUCAACGAGCGCAUCAACUUUAGUCGCCGCAAGAAUGCCGCUCCCCCGACCAAUGACAAAAAUAAAAAUAAUCCCAAAAACAAUGGCAAUCAGAAGAGGGGCAGAAAGAGGGUCAAGUCGCCAUCUCCUCAGCCAGAAGCCAGACAAUCCGCAGCCGAAGUACCUAAAAAGAAGGCCAAGUCGCCCCCGAAGCCGAAUAUACCACCAACACCUGUAUUAAAGCAGCCUAUACAGACAGGUUACAAAGGUCACAAGGCAGGAAAAUCCAAAAACGAAGGCCAAAGGAUGUCUGAGCCAGUAAAAAACGGAGGUAAAAUGAUGUCCGAGCAACCAAAAGAGGAGGAACCCAAAAAUGGUGGGCAAAGGAUGCCUCAGGCGCACAAAAAUCAAAGCCAAAGGAUGCCUCUGGCUCACAAAAAUCAAAGCCAAAUGAUGCCUGAGACUGCUAAAUAUGGAGUGCAGAGGAUGCCUGAACAGCAACAUGGAGGACCGAGGAUGCCAGAGGCACCUACAUAUGAAGCCCAAAGGAUGCCAGAGAUACCUGCAAAUCGAAAGCAGAGGAUGACAGAGCCACCGAAAUAUGGACUCCCAAGGAUGCCUCAGACACCUAAACACAGAUUUGCCCAGGGGAUGCCCGAAACACCGAAAAAUCGAGGCAGCCAGAGGAUCCCCGCGACACCCAAGACCCCCAGGUGCAAGUUUCCUAUUAACCCUGGAGGCCGAAUCAUCCGCAAAGCCCCCGAACUGCCAAAUUUUGGGACCCCAGUCAAUCCCAACAUAAUACCAAGAACACCAGGAAGAUUUUUACCCGGAGGCCGCUUACCUGUAAACAAGACCCCCCAAAUCCUCAAGGAAAACGGAGGCCAAUUCCGCGGACAUGGACAUGGUGGUGGUGGCCAUGGUAAAGAUCAUCCUGUACAGCCAAAACCCACUGGAAAGCCAAAGAAUGUAAAGAAGAUAAAGACUCUGGCAGACACCAGCAGUGAUGAAGAAGCUGUGAGGAACGUUGCAACUUCUGGCAGCAAGAAAUCUAAGCAGGGCAAGAAAAAAUCUCAGAGUUCCCUCUUCCUGACGCCGGGGAAUCCCCUUAACAGCGAUCUGUGUAUUAGUAGCAGCAGCAGCAGCAGCAGUAGCAGUAGCAACAGCAGUAGCAGCAGUGACAGCAGCAGCUCUGACGAGGAAUAAACUUUGAUUUGUUUCUAUA